UGCUGUCUAACUGGCUGUGUGACACUCUUCCUGCUGUUUGUGAGGCACGAUUUGGAAGGAGAGAAAUCUGUCAUUACGGUCUAGCCGCUAGAGGAAGUCACCACCUCUGGGCUCUUGGAAAGCAAAAUUAAACCUUUCAAGUAUGCUUACCUAGAACAGAGAAGACCAUGGAUUGGAUGUUCCACUAGGAGUGUAUUGAACAGUGCUGGAUGGUUGCAAUUAGGAGAAUAACUACAGUAUUUGGAUGGAGUGCUAAAUUUGUGGGAUUAGAUUGCUGGAUAAAAAAAUUGCUGGAUAUUUAUUUAAAAAAAGUUAUUCCACGGUGUGAAAGCUCAAGAUAAAGUGAGGAUGGAGGCUAAAAGGAAAGAGAUGGACCUUUUGAGUAACAGCAUUGCUGCAUAUGCUCACAUAAAAGAUAAUCCUGAGAAAUUUGGCCUGUACUUUGUUAUUGGUGUGUGUUUUGGCCUGGUGCUUACCCUUUGUCUGUUAGUAAUACGAAUUUCCUGCAAGCCUCGCGCUAUGCCUGCGCCACCCACACCAGAGAGAAAACAGCUGAAGGACUUUUGUGAAGAUGAUGAAGAUGAAGAUAGUGAUGAGGAGGAGGAUGAGGAGGACGACGACGAAGAGAAUGAGGACAAAGUAGGAAAUGUGGAGGCUACUAUUACCAACUGCAGCACAGAGAUCCCCAUGACCAACCACCAUAGCACAUUGGAUGGAAAUGUGAAUGUUUUUACCUCAGCAGAGGAGCUUGAACGAGCCCAACGUUUAGAGGAGAGAGAGAGGAUCAUCAGGGAGAUCUGGCGAAAUGGACAACCAGACAUCCUGGGCACAGGAACCAGCACAAUUGGAAGGGUGCAUUACUAUUAACAUUUAUUAAUAAUGAAUGUGGUCCUAGCACAAGACUUUUAAUGAAAAUCUUGGACUCUAAUGUAUUUAGAGUGUUCAAGUCCACAUGCAAACCAGUGGCAAGCACACUCACUCCACAAGAGCAUAUUUUGGUGCUUUCUGAUCUCUCUCUCUCUCUCUCUCUCUCUCUCUCUCUCUCUCUCUCUCUCUCUCUCUCUCUCUCUCUGUAUAUAUAAAGCUUUUUCAGGUUUGAGAAUCAGUUUUUGUACAAUGAUGUUUUUAUACUUUUCAGUCAGCCAUUUGCACCAUUCCACUAGUCUAUUUGUUCUUGUUAUUUGUUUUUGUUUUUUUACACUUUAUGCCUUACAUGUAAAUAGUAUUGUCAGUGCUAUGCAGAGUCUUAUAUUACAUGAAUAAAUUCUUAAAUCACAUCAGUACAUUUUAUACUGAAAUCAGCACCCUAUCAUUGGUUCAUUACCUAUCAUUACUUUUUAUUGUUCACCAUAUAUCUUGUUAUUUUUUUAAGCUCAACUUAGGUAACUGGGUUUGUAAAGUACUCAAUACAAAAUAUCAAAUGUUCUAACACUGGCAUUUCGUUGCAUAGAUUUCGUUGCAUUAAUUCAGUGUCAUCAUUGUGAAUAGACAAAUAAACAGUCUGAAAUUA